CUGAUAGAUGGCACUGACUGGCAUCACUGCUGGGCACUGACUGGUGGCACUGACUGGCACAACCGCUGGGCACUGACUGGUGGCACUGACUGGCAGCACUGCUGGGCUGCACUGGUGGGUGGCACUGGUGGGCAGCACUGGUGGGUGGGCACAGGUGGGUGGCACUGGUGGGCACAGGUGGGCGGAACUUGCGGGUGGCACUGCUGGGCACCGAUCAUCAGGGCACUGAUCAUCAGUGCCCUGAUGAUCGGUGCCGAUCCCCGCUCUGACAACUGCCGGUUCUCGGCAGUACUUUCCUCACGAUCUGACAGCGUGAGGAAAGUACAGCCGAGAACCGGCACUUGC